ACGUAUUUGUUUUCCAUGUCCACACUACAAUUGCAGUUAGUAUUAGAAUUAGUACGCGCGACUGCUAUAGAAGCUAUAGGAUAUGGCGCGUUAACUCCGCCCCCUUCGCGCUCCAGAAGGUGGAAAAUCCCGUCUUAACACUCAAACCCUCAUUUCCGCGUCCAGUGCCCUUCAUUCACAACGCAGUUCCUUCCAGGCGUUUUUAUUUCAUUUUUUCCCCUAUACAAGAAAGCCUAGAUCCACCGGUUAGUGUAAGAAGUGGUUUCCUACUUCUUCACUUAAAGAUGAAUUGGUGAGCUGCUCCUGCCGUGAGUCUGAUCUCAUUGCGCACAGCUGCGCGCAUCCUUGAUCACCGGCUUUCCAGUGGAUGCGCCCCGAGGCAACACGACCUCAUCCGCCGGUACCGACUGAUUCCUCCCUCGUGUUCAAGACAGACGCAGCAGACACGAGAAGCAGCGCGAUGGAGCCGCUGAUCUCAUGCUGAUGUUUGCGUCCACGAUGGAUACUUGUAUGUCCGCGUUAAGCUUCCGAUUUCACAGCAUCAUAAAUGGAGGAGGAGAGUGACAACCGCAAGAUCAACAACAGCUUCCUUCGGGAUCACAACUAUGCAACAGAAGCUGACAUCAUCUCUACAGUUGAGUUCAACUCAACAGGGGAGCUCUUGGCCACUGGGGAUAAGGGAGGACGUGUGGUGGUUUUCCAGAGGGAGCAGGAGAGUAAGAACCAACCUCAAAGGAGAGGAGAGUACAACGUUUACAGCACCUUUCAGAGCCACGAGCCAGAGUUUGACUACUUAAAGAGUCUUGAGAUCGAGGAGAAGAUCAACAAAAUAAGAUGGCUGCCCCAACAGAAUGCAGCGUACUUCCUUCUCUCCACCAACGAUAAAACUGUGAAGCUGUGGAAAAUCAGUGAAAGAGAUAAAAGACCAGAGGGCUACAACCUGAAGGAUGAGGAUGGGAGGAUCCGAGACCCUUCCACCAUAACAUCACUACGGGUACCCGUGUUGAGGCCAAUGGACCUCAUGGUGGAGGCGACGCCGAGAAGGGUUUUCUCCAAUGGCCACACGUACCACAUCAACUCCAUCUCGGUUAACAGUGACUAUGAGACAUACAUGUCCACGGAUGACCUUAGGAUCAACCUGUGGCACCUGGAAAUCACCAACAGAAGUUUCAACAUUGUCGACAUUAAGCCAGCUAAUAUGGAGGAGCUGACAGAGGUGAUCACAGCGGCAGAGUUUCACCCACACCACUGCAACACUUUUGUGUACAGCAGCAGUAAAGGCUCCAUCCGUCUGUGCGACAUGAGGGCUGCUGCGCUCUGCGAUAACCACUCCAAGUUCUUUGAAGAGCCUGAGGACCCAAGUAACCGGUCCUUUUUUUCUGAAAUCAUCUCAUCCAUCUCCGACGUCAAGUUCAGCCACAGCGGACGCUACCUAAUGACCCGGGAUUAUCUGACGGUUAAGGUGUGGGACCUGAACAUGGAAAGCAAACCCCUGGAGACCUAUCAGGUACAUGACUACCUGAGGAGUAAACUCUGUUCCCUGUAUGAGAACGACUGCAUCUUUGACAAGUUCGAGUGUGUUUGGAACGGAUCAGACAGCAUGAUCAUGACCGGCUCCUACAACAACUUCUUCCGAAUGUUUGACCGCAAUACGAAACGGGAUGUGACCCUGGAGGCGUCGCGAGAGAACAGCAAGCCGCGGGCCGUCCUGAAGCCACGCAAAGUGUGUGUGGGUGGGAAGCGACGCAAGGACGAGAUCAGUGUCGACAGCCUGGACUUCAGCAAGAAAAUCCUUCAUACCACCUGGCACCCCUCCGAGAACAUCAUCGCUGUAGCCGCCACUAACAAUCUCUAUAUCUUCCAGGAUAAGGUCAACUAAUACAGGCACAGCCUGGGUGGCCCUUCACACACACAAACACAUACACAAACACACACACAUACACAUACACAUACACGCAUGGACACAUACACACACCAACAGGCAGACUGGAGUGCCUAAUCGCUGCAUGGGGCCAGUGUUUGGCUACAGGAGCCAUGAUGCUGGUGGGCUGUAGACUUUUUAUGUUGAAGAUGGAGCAGGAAACGGAGAGCAUGAGCAGACCGGCAUUAAGGACGCAGGCAUGUUGCGCACUGGAGAGUGGGAAAAAUAUGUGCUAUGCUAUUUUACAUAUUUUCAUCACCACAACCACAUUUUCUCUCUUUCUCUCUUUAACACCCUUUAUUUAUUCUAUUUAUUUACUUCUCCAUUUGAAGGAAAUGUCCAAUGUUUUGCAAUUGAAACAGGGCUGCAUUACAUGCACUGUUUCAUUAGUAUUAUUAUUAUUAGGUUUAACAGAUCUGACUCUAAGGACGGUAUCAGUAAGUUUUGUUUGGUCUGUUUUUCAUUGACUCUCGCAUCAGUGCUCAGGAUUGUGACACCAAAGGGCACUCUAUAAUGAAGCUGACGAAGGUCUAGACAGGAAGGACGCAGCUCCAUUCCCUAAAGCCCUUCAUCUACAACACAGCUGUCGAUGAAACUGAAGUGGACUUUGGAUGUGGUCAUGCACACUGAUGCUAAGACCAGAUACAAUCUCUGGACAUAAUUCUAAUUCUUUGCUACUUGAUUCUUUGAGAACAUGGAGGUUAAGUGGUCUGAAGUCGUUGCCGUUUUAUUCGUCUUUUUAUGUUACCAUUUCAUUUAAUAAGCUGUGGUGCCUUCUUUUCGUAUGUGGACUUGAGUGCAGUUGGGAAGGGGGUUGAUGGGAUGCGUGUUUUUGGAUGGUGUGAUAUGUUGGUUUGUGGAAUGUGACUGUUUUUUGUUUUUAUAAAAUGUGGACUGAAUAGCUUUGUGUAAGGAAAAACGAAUGAAAAUGAUGUACUCAAGUACGCAAAAUGUAAGUACUUGAAUUUUGCAAAACAGGUCAUGAUGUCAGCUCUGUAGACUUAUGAUUUAGGAAGUGUACGUCCCUGGAUUUAACUCAUUCAGUGCAGUGUUAGGUGGAAGCUGUUAUUGCACUCGUGACAAAUCACUCUAAUUAUCUAAGAGAAUGUCUGCUCAACAGGGUGCAAACAACAGCAUGAAAUACUUUUGCCUCUUAUUCAAACAGCUCACAUGUUCCACUAUUGUGCAUUUCUCUCAGACGGCUAAUGCACCAUCCUACUUUUAAGUAUGUUUCAUGAUGUGGAAGGAAAUGGCAGGUCGGCGAAAAAUGUAGCCUAACUAGACAUGAAGAAUAUAUGAUAUCAGGGAAUUUUAGGUACAAGUCCUUUAAAAACAAAUAAAAGUAACAUCUAACCAAUUUCAGUUGUGAACUUGUUAAUGAAACAAAGUUUUAUAGCUCAGAAUGUAUUUAAAUGCAAUUGAAUGACAUGCAGUCUUUAUGCUUAAUGGAAUUUGUUGGAAUAAAAAAUGAAAACGUGCGAGUUGAAA